ACUAAUUCUAAAAAUUAGAGUCACAAAGUAUCCUCGUCAGAUCUGGGGGUUAAAUAAGCUGGAAAACAUCCCAAUAUCUUGAUUACUAGUUUAAAUUCAGUCAAAUACAGAAGAAUAACGACCUGAAGAUGUUUAAAAACGGUACUAAUACCUUAAAAUGUACAGGUAACCAGUGGAAUUAGUGGCACUAGCUAGCUAGCUAGCCUGGUGGUCACCAUGGCUACUGCAGAAGAGAUUCCUCUGACAUCACAGGUAUGACAUCACACCUGAGCCCAUAUAAGCAGGAUUCCAUCAGUUCGGGUUCAGACUAGAGCUAGGAGCCACAGUAUAAGGACUUCGGAGGGAAUCUUGUAGUUACUGAGGACGAGCAGCUUUAGUGAAGAAUGUCUUUACUGAACUCUGUAAAGACUGCGGUUCAGCGACCGGUGAAGAUCAACCGGCAGAGUUGGGAGAACUUCCAGCACGGGAAGACCAACUGCCCCAGCAGGAGAGAGAAACGUUCCAAUGUGUUAAUGGACGGACGUGAGGACGCUCUUGCACUGACACAGGCCAGACUCCAGCUGGAGAGAGAUACCGUCGUUAGCACUAGUGUACCGUCUCGUAAAAGGAAGCUGGCGGAGACACCAGAGGAUGAAGCUCCAGUAGUGAAAAAGGCUCGAAUGCAGCUGGAGAGAGAUACCGUCGUUAGCACUAGCGUACCGUCUCGUAAAAGGAAGCUGGCGGAGACACCAGAGGAUGAAGCUCCAGUAGUGAAAAAGGCUCGAAUGCAGCUGGAGAGAGAUACCGUCGUUAGCACUAGCGUACCGUCUCGUAAAAGGAAGCUGGCGGAGACACCAGAGGAUGAAGCUCCAGUAGUGAAAAAGGCUCGAAUGCAGCUGGAGAGAGAUACUGUCUUUAGCACGAGCAGAACCUCUCGUAAGAGGAACCUGGCGGAGACACCAGAGAAUGAAGCUCCAGUAGCGAACAAGGCUCCAAUCCAGCCGGAGAGAGGUGCAUUAUGGGACAGAUGUCCGUUUGAUACUGUCUUUAGCACUAGCGGAACCUGGAGGAACCCGGAGAAGACACCAAAAGAUGAAGCUCCAGUAGUGAAAAAGGCUCCAAUCCAGCUGGAGAGAGCUCCUCCCACGGUAUGGAUCAUAGGGGACAGCUAUAUUCGUCGUGGGGAGGAGAUAGCGAGGAGCUCACUGGGAGGUGACCUGGGAGUGAAGGCCAAGGUCAGCUGGUUCGGCUGGGGAGGACUGAGGUGGCGAGGCCUCGUCCCGUUCUUCAACAAGUCUCUGAGAGGAAGAACGGCUCCGGACGUGCUGAUCAUCCACUGUGGAGGGAACGACCUUGGAGGGAUGAACACCGUUCAUCUCAUCGCAGAGAUGAAGGUGGAUCUGCUUGAUCUCCACCGUCGUUUCCCACACAUGAAGAUCAUGCUGUCAGAUAUCACCCCAAGACGUCAGUGGAGGUCCACCAUUCACCCUAAGCAGAUCGACAUGGCCCGGAAAUGCGUAAACCGCGAGAUGGCCGACUUCAUUUUGGGAGUGGAGGGGGUUGUUAUUCAUCACCCGAAUAUCCUGUUCUACAACCCUCGGCUCUUUCUCAGAGACCGGGUUCACCUGUCUCCUUUGGGCAACGAACUGUUUUUAAAUGACAUUGCAGAAUCCCUAAAAUCCUUCAUCAAAUAAAUGUGAUUCUGCUGAAAUCAUCUGGAUUCAUCUGGAUUAAUUCAACACUGAGAAACACCAGGAGACUGAGGACUUUACAGUGUAAUGAAAUCAACAACUCAGUAUUAGAUGCUAAUAAAUGUUAAAGUUUUAUGUUAUAUAAUAUUAAAAAUCUGUACACUUAAAUAAAGUCUAUUUUGUAAACAACAGUAA